UUAGCAUAGCAUGCUAAACGCGAAUGCUAACAAAUGCUAAUGCUUUCCCCGAGAGGCUACAAACUUGUGAACAGUGGAUUACCGCGGUUGUAUCGGAAUGCCAAAGAAAAAGAAAAACGGACCCGGUGCGGGAGGUUCGGUACCGCCGGUUUAUUAUUCUAAUCCCGGUUCUAACAGGGCCGCUUCAGGCCCGGAGCUCACGGUAACCAGGGCGGCCGACAUGAGCGCGCUAAACAGGGACGAGGUCGUGAGGAACAUGCAGGAGAUGUUCUCAGAUCUGGACCCUGUGGUUAUUUACAUCGUGCUUUCUGAGGCUGAUUUUAAAGUGGAAAAUGCCAUGGACGCCCUCCUGGAGCUGUCCGGUGCCGCUACAGGAAGGGUCACGACCCCUCCACCGAUCUCAGGCUUUGAGAUGGCUGCCGCUGUCCUGGAACCACGUCGGUCUGGGACAGGACCGUCCACGUCGGGAUCCGAACGGUCGGCCGUGUCAGACGGCGAAGCAUCCCGGCAGGAGCUCAGCCCUGAAACGACUUGUCUAACUGAGGAGUUCGAUUCACUCAUUGAUCAGGAACUGGAAACUUUUAUGAUGCCCAAACCCCCACCGUCCUCACAGUCAGUUCCUCGAGGAGCUUUGCUGGAGCUGGAUCAGUUAGCUAUCGAUGACAACACUAAUGUAGGCUCUCUGAGCCAGCGUGGUUACUAUCCGCCCGCCAGAACCGCUGGAGUCCAAGGGAACACCUCACCUUUAGAUGAACUCAGUUUAGGGGGGGCAUGUUUACCUCAUGAUGAUGAGAUUCCUGUUGAUUUUAGUUACUUAACCAGCGAUUCCAGCAGUGCUGUUACAAGAACUUCCGCCUUUAAGCCGUACCACAGACCUGAUCAGAUCGUGAAUCUAUCUGAAGGCCUGCACCCUACCUGGAUCGUUCAGGCUUCAUCUCUCCAGCCCCACGUGGAGAAUCCGGCGUUUAUAACACCGGUGGUGCAAUCCCCAAACCCAUGGACGAAUCCCCCCUCCGUGUUGAGGUGGGCUGCAGGCUGGACUGUCAGUCAGGCUCCUCUGAAGCCCUCAGCCACCGUUCCCAAGUCGUGGAUGCUUGCUCCACAGAGCAGACUCAGGUUGGAGGGGCAGGUCCUGGUGCUGCUCAGAGGGGCUCCCGGAUCGGGCAAAAGCACGCUGGCCAGUGCCAUGUUGGAACAAAACCCCGGUGGGGCGGUGUUGAGUACAGAUGAGUACUUUACCAGAAACGGCAUGUACUGCUAUCAGCCGGACCUGCUGGGAGAGGCUCACGCCUGGAACCACCGGAGAGCCAAAGAAGCGUUUGAGAGAGGUUUUAACCCUGUGAUUAUAGACAACACGAACAUGCAGUGUUGGGAGAUGAAGCCCUACGUUGCUUUGGCCCUGAAGCACAAGUACAGAGUUCUGUUCCGCGAACCCAACACCUGGUGGAAAAGCAAACCGCGGGAACUAGAGAAACGCACCAAACACGGGGUAACGAAGGAGAAGAUUCGGCGCAUGCUGGACAACCAGGACCGUUUUGUAUCUGUCCAGAAUAUAAUGGCGUCACAGCCCAUAUCCACGGCCGUCUACGGUGUGGAUGUACCCGAGUCAGGCGCAUCACAGUGCUCGCUGCAGCGUUUAAGAACUCAUCCCGACCUAGUGGGCAACUCUGGGUUUGGUAAAGCCGGUGGGCACCUUUCCUCCUCUCUGCCAGACGUUUCCUCGGUUGACGGGAGGUGUAGCCCCAGUAUAUCAAACACAGACCGAGCGGAGAGCGAUACGGAAUCCACCGGUUAUAAAGAACUCGCUGAAGAUCUUCAGUCUGAGCUGCUAGAUGGAGCAGAACUGGACCGGGAACUAGAAGCCAGUAUUUCACUCUCUGAGAGGGAGAACGUUGAAGCGAAUGAAAGGGCUUGGGAACAGUGUCCAGAGUCGAUGGGUCAGCGGGUCAGGAGAGAGAGGGACAGACUGGCGGACAGAGAUGCCACCGGUCACUCUCUAUCUCCGGAACACGGUGAAGGGAAUUUGGAAGAAGCAGAAGGGUGUAAGAAGGACGAAUCAGAGGGCGUACGGGCCGCCGACGUUAAACAGCUGGAUUUUGUGGGUGACUGGCCUUCUGAGAGCCUCCAACAGCGCGCUCAGAGGAGUCGCAAGUCAGCGUCUCUGAGUGUGAGAAACUUAGAAGAAGACACAAAUAAACCCGAGACAUCAGGAGGACCUUCAGAUUCCAACGUUUCAGGUAAAACGGAGUUCCAGAAGCUUUUAGAUCUUCUUCAAGAAGGUGAAAUUGCUCAAGAAACAACAAGAGAGGAUCAGAGAGUUCUCCCUGAUUGUGUUCUGGACUGGAAGUCUGGAGAAUCUUCUCCUCUUGGAGAUGACGGCUCUGGUUCUCAAGGCUCUACCGAAGAGCUUGAAUCAGACCAGGAUGCGUCAGGUGUCGGUACUCCAGAAAAAGAAGAAGGAGAGAAGAAAGCCGAUCCAUCUCUCGUCCCUGACGUGACUCCUAGAUUAGAAAGUGAGGUGGACUUUAAGGAGUCUGAGGUCUACCAUGAGAGGAAGAAAGGUUCCUCUCGGAAAGCUGGGAAAUCCUACAGACUGGCACUGACCUUCACAAAUCAGAGUCCGUUCCUAGCCGGCGCAUCUUCAGGGUCUCCCGUGGAUUCCUCAGUACAGACGGACGCUCAGGACUUUGCCCUCCUGUGGAGAACCGAGCGUCGGAUGUGUGCCGGACCAGACUGGGCUGACUCCACCCGGGGAUCGGUGAUUUUGGAGGGAAACCCUUUACGUUUUGUCCCCAAAACAACAGAAGAGGAGCCUCCAGGACCGCAGGCGAUCCCGUACCGCGUACGCCAUGAUAAAGGGUCUCAGGUGGAGGAGAACAAGCUUAGAGAGUUACCCAUCAAACAGAGCAGUCUGGAGAUACUCAGGUGUCACUUUAAACACGUCCCUCUGGAGACCCUGGAGGACCUGUUCGAGAAGUGUCACCAGGACAUGGAGUGGACGACCAACCUCCUGCUGGAUUCGGGGGAAUGUCUCUGUAGGGAUGAGAAGGAAGAUGCUUCUGAUCAGGCAGCUCCUGAGGGUUUGGUUCAGGCUGCUGAGGAGGAACUUCUGACAGUCGGGUCCACAGAGGACACCAGGGGAGAGGUUACAGUGCCGCAGAGCUCGACUGAGAAUAUUGCUGAUGAGCCUGAAGAUUCAGCUGAAGUACUCGAGGGAUCUAACCAUCUAUCCCAACCAAGCCAAACCGCUUCCAAUUCCCCCACUGUGUCUGAUCCUGAACCCCAAUCAGCACCACCUCAGGAGGACAUCCCGGUCUCAGAUCUUCCUGAAGGAUCAGGAUGGGAUAUUAGGGAGGAGGAGGACGUGGAAGCAGAAGCUUUUAUGAUCCAAGAAGAAGUGGACGCCAUAACACAGUCGCUCCUGACUCGACUGGAUGAGCUGGAUCGCAGGAGGGAGAAAGAACGAAAGGAGAAAGAGAGGCCGGGUCCGAGGAGCAACGGGACCAUGAACAUUCAGACCCUGGAGCUGAAGCUAACCACAGAGCUAGCUCUGCAGCUCACUGAGCUGUUCGGACCUGUCGGGGUCUCUCCAGGUGAGUUUUCUCCGGACGACUGCUCGGUGCUCAUGGACCUCAAUCUGGCCAAACUGCUGCACCAGAAAUGGAAGGAAACCAUCCAGGAGAGACAAAGACGAGCAGCUCUGACGUAUCAGCUACUGCAGGAAAGUUCUGAUUACUGGGACGAGUCCUGGCCGCUCGUGUUUGAACAGUGGGACUCGGCCGCCGGUAGCGCACAGGACGCCGCGCUGUUGGCCGAGCGCUGGAGCGCGUCCCGUCCGCCGGUGUCUCUCAGGGACAUCAUGAUGGAGGAGCAGGUGAUGCAGGAAAGUCUGGAGAAGGCCAGGCUGAUGGAUCCGGACCGCAAGGACGGUGCCGCCCUCCUGAAGGAGAAGCAGCUCUACGCUCUCUUCCCCAGCAUCGACCGACACUUCCUCCGGGACAUCUUCAGAGACCACAAUUACUCUCUGGAGCAGACGCAGCAGUUCCUUCACGCCCUGCUGGACGACGGUCCUGUGAGAAACGUAGUCGCCGCUGAGCUCGGCCCCGAGCGUAACGAGUCGCGCAGACCGCCUAGCAAAGAGAGGCGGAGGACCGAGCGAGAGGGACCGACGCCGUAUCAGGACACCGAAGACCCCGAGUACGAGGACUUCCGGACGGAGGCCGUGCUCCAGAGACGCCGCCAGCACGAGUCUUUCCAAAAAGCCGCGGAAGCCUACAGACAAGGGCGCAAGGACGUGGCCGGUUUCUACGCCCAGCAGGGGCAUUUACACGGGCACAAAGUGAAGGAGGCGAAUCACCGGGCGGCGGUGCAGAUAUUCGAGCGGGUGAACGCCACACUCCUUCCUCAGAACGUUCUGGAUCUGCACGGGCUGCACGUGGACGAAGCUCUGCGUCACCUGCAGAGGGUGCUGUCUGUAAAAAGCACCGAAUGGAUGCAGGGUCUCUGUCGCCCUCAGCUGUCUGUCAUCACAGGGAGAGGAAACCACAGCCAGGGGGGUGUGGCGCGCAUCCGGCCCGCCGUCCUCGACUACCUCAAAAACCAAAAUUACAGGUACACGGAGGUGAAGCCGGGUCUGUUGGUGGUGACGCUGCACUGAGACGACUGCACACGGCUCUUCUGCUGACCUCACCAUGAAGAUCUGUCUCACUGUCACUCUCUCAUCAUCAGUGCCGGUCUUUAUUAUUAUUCAGGUUUUAUUGAUGCUGUAAAUGUGACGUGUGUAUGUAGAUGUCCACUACAGGGCAGCGGUGGCUCAAUUUCAGCUGAACACACUGUAUUAGGACGUAACCGCGGCGAUUGUUUUUACUAAACUACAUUUUUACUGAUUACAUUUAAAUAUAUUACACAGAUACACUAAACCUAAAACCACUUUUAUUUACCUGUCCUGCAUAAAUCUGGGAUUUAUUUUUACAGCAAUCAGGUCGUUAUUUUUGAACGUUUGCUUUUUAUUUGAGUUUUUAUUUUAUUAUAUUUUCAUGAGAUGUUUUAUUGUUGUGUGUUUUGUUUCUUGGUUUAAGGUUUUAUAACAGUUCCACCCUCUGUUUUACCCUAUAAGCACAUCUUACCUCCUCGCUAUUGUUGCUGUGGUUACCGCAUCCUUUAACAGCUACCCAAAUCAAAUACAUUUUAAUCUGGAAAGAGAGAGGAACACACUAUGCUCUCUGUAACCCUCCACCGCUCUUGUAGCUGCACCGGUUGCGUCUGUUAAGUGUUUUAGUGUUUUUAUUACUGUAAUGAUAUCAUUCCAGGUUAUGUGAAACGUAGAGCAACAAUUUACCAUCUUCUACUGAAAUUCCACCUCCGAUACCAACAGUAAAUGUACCAGCAGGUCCAUUAGCUGAUCAAAACCUUGUACCUGCUCACACGUCCAUGAUGUGAUCUCUGAAUCUUCAAUAGCCUCCUCACGUGUUCACCACAGAGACAAACGGCUUCAUUUUACAAGCUUCAUCCUCCAGAGCUUUAAAUGCACUGUUUUAUAGAAUUACCAGUUUAAAUUAAGAAUAUGGAUUUUUCUUCUUGUCCCAAAGUGCCAAAAAAUGGAGUUUGAGUUUACAAAGGAGUAAAAACUUGUUUAAAAUUCGUGUUUUAUUGGGUUAUUAACAGGUUCUCUGCUGUUUUGUAGCUGUACGUUCUUUUAAGGAAGCUGAUUUUAUGUAUCUUAAUGAUGCUCAUUAUGCACAUAACCAUGUUUAUAUUUCCUACUUACGUGUUAAUACCUGUAAUGAAUUUGUACAUCUGUAUAUUUUGAAGGAUGUGUAUUUUUUUUAAAGCGGUGGCUGUGUGUUUAUAAUGUAAUACUAAUUAAUAAUAAAGGAAAUGAU